AUGACUAUGCACCUCAGCCUGCCGGGCCCUAGGAAUACCCCUCGCCAUCUGCUGGGCUCCAGGACUACCCACUGUCGCAUGCUGGGCCCUAGUACUACCCACCGCCAACUGCCAGGCCCCAGGACUACCAACCCCCACCUGCCGGUCUCUAGGACUACCCACCCCCGGCUGCCGGAACCCAAGUCUACCUCCGCCACCUGCCAGACCCCAGGCCUAGGACUGCCCACCACUGCCUGCCAGACCCCAGGACUACCCACCGCUGCCUGCCAGUUCCCAUGCCACCCACCACCACGUUCUGGGCCCCAGGACUACCCAUUGUCACCUGCUGGACCCCAGGACUACUCAUUACCGCCUGCUGGGACCCAGGACUACCCACUGCCGCCUGCCGGGAACAGGACUAGGCAGAUCCAGGUGCCAGGCCCCUGGACUAACUGCCGCCCCCUGCCAAGCCCCAGGACUACCCUCCACCGCCUCCCGGGGCCCAGCACAACCCACCACCACCUGCCAGGGCUGAAGACUACCCACCACUGCAUGCCAGGCCCUAGACUAGCCACCACCAUGUGCCAGGCCCCGGACUACCCACUGCUACCUGCCGGGCCGCAGGAAUCCCCACCACUGCCUGCGGGGCACCAGACCUACCCACCACCAUGUGCCGGGCGCCAGCACUACCCACCACCGCCUGCCAGGCCCGAGGACUAUGCACCGCAGCCUGCAGGGCCCCAGGACUACCCAGCACCACGUUCCGGGCCCCAGGACUACACACCGCCGCCUGCCUGGCCCAGGACUACCCAGGACCACAUUCCGGGCCCCAAAAAUAUCCACCUCUGCCUGCCAUGCCCCAUGACUAUGCACCGCCCCCUGCCGGGCCCCAGGACUAUCCUCCACCGCUUGCCAGGUCCCAGGACCACCCAGCACCAAGUGCCAGGCCCCAGGACUAUGCACCACCGCCUGCCAGGCCUCAUGACUAUGCAUCGUCGCCUGCCAGGCCUCAUGACUAUGCACCGCCACGCCUCAGGACUAGCCACCGCCACCUCCCGGACCCUGGACUACCCACUGAUGCCUGCCGGGCCCCAGGACUACCCGUUACCUCUUGUCGUGCCCCAGUACUACCCACUGUUGCCUGCCGGGACCAGGACUAGGCAGAACCACGACUACCCACUGCCGCAUGCUGGGCCCCAACACUAUCCACCGCCAACUGCCGGGCCCAAGGACUACCCACCGCUGCCUGCUGGAACCGAGGACUACGCAAAACUGCCUGCCGGACUGAAGGACUAUCAACCAUCGCCUGCCAAGCCCCAGGACUACCCACCACCCUGGCAUGGGCCCGAAGACCACCCACCGCCGCCUGCCGGGCCCCAGGAAUACCCACCCCUGGAUGCUGGGCCCAAGAACUACCCACCGCCGCCUGCCGGCCCCCAGGACUACCGACCCCCGCAUGCCGGGCCCCAGGACUACCCACCACCCUGGGAAGGGCCUGAGGAUCACCCGCUGCCGCCUGCUGGGCCCCAAAAUACCCAGCACCAGGUUCCGGUCUCCAGGACUACCUGCCGCUACCUGCCCGGCCCCAACACUAACCACUGCUGCCUGCCGGGCCCCAAGAGUCCCCACCGACGCCUGCCGGGCCCCAAGAGUCCCCACCGACGCCUGCCGGGCCCCAAGAGUACCCACCGACGCCUGCCGGGCCCCAAGAGUACCCACCGGCACCUGCCAGGCCCAAGGAAUACCCACUGCCUCCUGCCAGGCCCCAGACCACCCAGCACCGCCUGCCGGGACUACCCACCACCACCUGCUGGGGCCCAGCACUACCCACCACCGCCUGCUGGGCCCCAGGAGUACCCACCACCGCCUGCUGGGCCCGAGGACUACCUGCCGCCACCUCUCGGGCUCCUUUUGUCUCCUAUGGCAGAGCCCGCAGGCUUGCUGGUGGACAGUGGUCAUGUCCAGGAACUGCUGGAGGAACACUCGGGGAACUGCCUAUGGAGGAACUGCACCAACUUCUGGCUGCCAGCAGAGAAUGGCAGUGAGGAGCUUUCUGAACGGGGCUGCCUAGGGGUCCACACCCAGGCCACCGCGCACAGCCGCAGCCGGGCCCAGGCGAUCCGACCCGCAGGCCGCGCAGACUCUGGGGCAAAAGGCCAAGCCCGCUGUCUGGGGAGCAGGCAGAGCGUGGGCAGGGGCGGCUCUGGGCUUGCGGUGGCCUCCGUGGGGCCCUGCACGUCCGCGCCGCCGCCCGAGCUGCGGGGGAGAGAGGAGCCUCCUGCAGCUGGCCGCCCCGGGGUGCGCGGUAGGGGAGAUGUGGGGACCUCCGCGGGCUCCGCCACGCCCACCCGGGCCCUACGCAUCCUUCGGAGCCGGCCUGGGAGGAAAUGA